AUGGAUGGGGAUUUAAGCCUGUCGCAAUCCUUUGGGGGCCUACGGAUUGCGAAUCCGGACGACUCCUCCGUCAAGUCGAUAGACAAGACUCCAAGUUCUGCUAGCACAUCCACUCAUCCUCCCCGAUCCCAAUCGCCCACCAGAGUCGAGGAACAAAUUCCGUCCCAUCCUGAUAUAAACACCCAUUCGUCCUCCAAACCCCAAGUCUCUUUUCCUAAGAUCCAGAGUAACAGAUUGUCCGUGGGCUAUGGAUAUCAGAACCCUUUACCCUCCCAGCAGCAGCAAUAUUCCACGUAUGCUACUCCAACAUCUCAAACCCCAAGCCCCUCCACCCCGCAAAGUGCGGGGCGUCCACCGUCAACAUACCAUACACAGCCUCUGACCAAUGGGUCGUCUUCAAGUCUUGCUCCUAAGGAGGGAUAUCGACUCCGUACGGAGUCAUCCGCUUCUUCUACGUCCGACAGUCAAUCACGAUCGGAUUCUCGUGGUGGAUCCGCAGCUCUUCAAGCCGGAGUCCCAGUGCGAGACAGUAGCCAUUCUGAGAGAUCAUACAUCCAGACGCAGUUUCACAGCGGCAGCUCCCCACUGCCACCGAGGCGGAGCUCUCGAGUAACACAUCAUAACGGCACUUCCGCGCUCUCUGGCUCUCCGUACGGCCUCGAGGGUGUCUGGCUUUCAAGUAGUGAAGAAUGGCAGGAGCGUGGGGCAGCCGUGGGCGUACGACAAGAAAUUGACGCAAAUGGCAAACCCGUUUCGAGAUUCGUGAAGAAAGGUGUUAGAGAUUUCUCCUUUGGCCGCACACUCGGUGAGGGAUCAUACAGUACAGUCGUUGCGGCUACGGACCGCCAAACCUUAAAAGAAUACGCCAUAAAGAUACUCGACAAACGGCAUAUUAUCAAGGAAAAGAAAGUGAAAUUGACCGAUCAUCCUGGUGUUGUUCGAUUAUACUAUACAUUCCAGGAUGAGCGAUCCCUUUAUUUUGUCCUCGACCUUGCGAGUGGAGGAGAGCUAUUAGGUGUGUUGAAGCGGAUGUCAUCGUUUGACGAAGAAUGCACUAGAUUCUACGGAGCGCAGAUUCUUGAUACAAUUGACUACAUGCACAGGCGCGGAGUUAUUCAUCGAGAUCUAAAACCAGAAAACGUGCUACUUGACAGCCAGAUGCACGUGAAAAUCACUGACUUUGGCACAGCUAAAAUACUGGAUCGUUCAAAACGACAGGAAGAAAAUUCGAGUGGUAUCCCACAGAUGGACUCUGACGAUGCUGAUCGGGAUCGGGCCAACUCUUUUGUGGGAACUGCGGAGUAUGUCAGUCCGGAGCUUCUCACAGACAAGAGUGCCUACAAGGCAAGCGAUUUGUGGGCUUUUGGAUGUAUCAUCUACCAAUUAAUAGCCGGACGACCUCCGUUCAAAGCUGCGAAUGAAUAUCAAACGUUUCAAAAAAUUGUUGGCCUCGAGUAUGAAUUCCCUCCCGGAUUUCCAUCAGUUGCGCGAGAUUUGGUGGAACGGUUACUUGUUCUUGAUCCGUCGAGGCGCUUGCAAAUGGAACACAUUAAAAACCAUGAAUUUUUCGAUGGCAUCGUUUGGGGUCGUGGUCUUUGGAAACAAAAAGCACCACGUUUAAAGCCAUAUGUUCCGCCACCACCAGAGCCAAUUAAACUCAACGGUUCCAAUAAGGACGACAGUUUCCCCCCAAACAUCACAAAGGGUUUUGGAUCUUCAGGCAACUCAGGGAGCGCAAGGCCGUAUCCACGCCUGGUUACCGAUCUCCCACCUCCUUCCCAACUUGAUAUUGAGUGGUCUCCUGUCUUGACUCGAACCAACGAGCGUAUAUUGAAAAUGGGCAAUUUAACUGUUCUUUCUUCCCCCGCUCCUCACAAUGGACACGCAAAAGGUGGGCAUGGCGAUGGUGAUGCUCCCAAGAAAUUUUCGCGAUUUUUUGGAGGAAACACGACCAAGAAGCGUCAGCGGUUAGUUAUGGUUACCUCUGCUGGUCGUGUCAUUAUUGUGCCUGCUGGUGGAGGAGAGAAGAAAGCGAAAAUGGAUAUCUCUCUCCUAGCCCCCGGCGCACAAUAUCGAAGCACCACCGAUGCGAAAGGUUAUUCAUCGUGGGUAGUAGAUACGCGCGAGAAACACUACGUUUUUGAAGAUGCAAGGCCAUUGUCAUCGGAUGUUGCAGCAUCUGCUCUCUCUACACAAGAAUGGAUCGAUAUACUAGAUCGUGCCAAAGAGCUGGCCCAAUUCCAAACGUCGAAUAGUCCUUACGGCGAUGAUGCCUUGAGGGAUCUAUCGUCUGGCGUUUCUAGCCACGCCAACACUAUUGACCAUUCCGAUGAUUUCUCCGCCAACGUCAAUGCGCCCCAAGCAAGUGGAAGAGCCAUGCUUGUCAAACAUCAUGCCACAGGAGAUUCGGAAUCUGUGAAGGGAAAAAAGCGAUUCAGCCGACGCCAUUCGAAGAACGGAUUGUCCGCUGUCUUCUGA